AUGUUCGCGCUCUUCUCCUUUCCCCCACUGCGCCUGAUUUGGCUUCCUGCCACGUCUUCUUCUCACAAGACUUUCAGAAUCAAGCGAUGCCUGGCCAAGAAACAAAAGCAAAAUCGCCCUAUUCCUCAGUGGACCCAGAUGAAAACUGGUGACAAAAUCGGGUACAACUCUAAGAGAAGACACUGGAGGAGAGUGGAGCUGGGUCUGUAAGGAUUCACACUAGGGCAAGACUGAGGGUUUAGACGGAAUGGUUUGUGUUCAUUGUUCAGUGCUACCAGAUGGAUUUCAACUUUUUUUUUUUAUGGUUUUAUGAGACAGGGUUUCUCUAUACAGCCCUG